AUGACGGAGGUGUCAUCGACCCGUCUCUAUCUCGGGAACCUUCCCCGCAAUGUCACUAAACCGGAUAUCGAGGAACAUUUCAGCACCCAUGGCUCUGGUAAGAUUACCGAAAUCAAGCUAAUGAACGGCUUCGGUUUUAUCGAAUAUGAGGAUGCCAUGGAUGCCCGUGAUGUCGUGCCCGCCUUUCACGGUAGUGACUUCAAGGGUGAGCGGUUGACCGUGCAGUUCGCUCGUGGUCCUCGGCGCAAGGAGAACUUCCCCGGCCCUACGGACCGUCCCACUGCUCCUCGCCCUCGCCGUACCAUGUUCCGGAUGCAGAUAUCCGGUCUUCCAGAAACAAGUUGGCAGGACCUCAAAGACUUUGCCCGCCAGUCUGGACUGGAUGUUGUCUACUCGGAAACUGGCCGUGAACAAGGAAAAGGGUUUGUUGAAUUUGAAACCGCCAACGACCUGAAAACUGCCGUGGAGAAGCUGGACCAGCGCGAAUUCAAAGGCUCACGCGUGACAUGCGUUGCGGAUAUCCAACCCUUCGAAGAGCGUCCCCACCGUGACCCAUAUCGGUCUCGCUCCCCUCGCCGGCCCUACCCUCCCGUGGAUGAAUACGACAGAAGGUUCCCCGGGCCCCGUGGAUACAGUCCCCGGGAUCAUUACCGUGAACGGUCGCCCAUCCCCAUCCGCCGAGACUACUAUGAACGUGAUGGAUACGGACGUCGCACUCCCCCGCGUCCUCGCAUAGAAGACUACCCGCCUCCGCGUCGUCCUUACGAGGACCCCUAUGAUGCCCGGGUUCCGCCUCCUCCGCGCCACUAUGAUGACCCCUAUCUGGCGGGGCGGCCCUACGGUCGACCUCGCACGCCGCCGCGAGCUGACUACGUUGCGUAUGAUCGCCCCCGCUACUGGUAG